GAGAGAGAGUUGCGCAGUCAGCAUUCAAGUCUCGCACAACCUUGUUUCACGGACAGAAUUGUGUGUUGGUGUGUGUGUGUCUCUGUGCAUUUGUGUCAUGCACCUCUGAGCGCGCGCAGAGUAAUGCAGAACAUUCAGGAGAGGAGCAGAGACACCGUGCAGCGCGGAGGAUACCGGGACUCAGGACGGGACGAUGAGUCGGGACAGGUGCUCGGGAAGGCCGCAGACACAGAGCGCGAGACUCUGAUGAUGGAGCUCACGCGGCUGGUACAGAGGAGUGUGCGCGAGAGCAGCUGGUGGGAGAAGAGAGGAUUGGACUGCAGCAUCCUCAUCACAGCCUUCCUUACUUUACCUGCAGGAUUUAUAUUUUUAGGUUCAUCUGAGGUGAUGUAUUUCCUGUUGGGUAUGAUCAUUAUGGGUGUGGCACAUGCUGUUAUCACCGUUAAAGGGACGCACUUGGCCAGUCACGGUGCACUCAGUGAAUCUUCAGCUUGGACUGAAUUUUGGGCUGUUUUCUUUAUCGAAGUUUGUGGGUCGUUCUCUUCGAGAGCAGGUGUACAUGCUCAUGUCAAGAUGCAUCACGCUCACACUAAUGUCAUUGGUUUGGGAGACUCCAGCACCUGGAAAAUUCCCUUCCUACCUCGAUCCGUCUACCUGUUUAUCGCUCCGCUGGCUGUGCCCAUCAUCACUCCUAUUGUAGCCAUGGGUCAGCUGAAGGGUCAGUCUGUGUUUCAGAUCAUACGUACAGUAUUGUGUGUAUGUCUGGGGUUUUUCUCUCAGUAUUAUCUGCUCAGAUGCGUGUCCGGAUUGUCCUGCGGCUCCGCUCUGGUCGUCAUGCUUCUGUGUCGAGCCAUGUUCUCCGUUCCCUACAUACAUGUUAACAUCUUUCAGCACAUCGGUCUGUCAAUGUUUUCUCCAGCGUGUCGGCCCAAGCGGAUCUAUCAGAUGACACACGGUGUGCUGAAUCUACCCAGAAACCCUCUGCUGGACUGGACCUUUGGUCACUCCCUCAUUAACUGUCAUGUGGAGCAUCACCUGUUUCCAUUCCUGUCUGACAACAUGUGCCUAAAGGUGAAGCCCAUAGUAUCUCAGUAUUUGAAGGAGAAAAAGUUGCCAUAUCAGGAGGACGGUUAUCUCUCCCGUCUCUCUCUGUUCUUUCACAAGUAUCAGGAGCUGAUGGUCUUUGCUCCUCCCAUCACUGAACUAGUUGGAGUUCAGUGAGGAGUCCGGACUAAAUGAGAAUUGGGCUUUUCAGAUGAUUCCAGAUGUCAUUUAAUGUAAUUUAAUGAUGUUCAUUACUGCUGCUUUUUUGGGAAAGACUGGACAUUGGAUGAGAAGAGAAUGUAGGGCGGUUAAAUGAUGGUUGUAUUAUCUCACAUUUAUAUGCAAUGAUUAUCCGACUAACAUUACUGAAUGUAAUAAUCAUUAUGUGUGCUGACAUCAGAUCAGUGGCAGUACAGCAUUGUAGCUUUUACCUGUGGCCCCUAAUCAGCUCUCAGUUUAUAAAUACCAGAAUACCUUAUAUCUAGUAUUUACAUUAACAGUACACUGUAAAAAAAUUCCGUAGAAAUUUCAAUGUUAUUGCAGCUGGGUUGCCGGUAAUUUACCGUAGAUUUACAUUUAUGUAAUUUACUGGCAAGAAUUUGCUCAAAGUUCAAUCAAUUUUAAAUAUUAACAAGUCUUUAUCUUUACAGAAUAAAACUAUACAAUAACAACCCUAUGCAAAGCAUUCUGGGAACCAGAAGUCAUCAUCAACCUUUUUCUGUUUUUUGCUUCAGAUUUUGUUUCCCAGAAUGUUUUGCUUGAUGCUGUUUUUUUAGUUUUACUCUAUAAAGACAAAGACUUGUAAAUGUUUAAUGUUCAUUUAACUUUGAACAAAAUGUUGCCAGUUAAAAACAUAAAUUUAAAUCUACGGUAAAUUACCGGCAACUCAGCUGCAAUUUCUACGGAAUUUUUUUACAGUGUAUAGAUGUAGGCCUAUAUAGAAAACAAACACAGAAACAGGUCGUAAUCUUGACACUGUUAAAGAUGUUUGCUUAGACAUGCCAAUCUAAUAUUAUUGUUAGUGUCAAAGGUAAAUAUAGAUCAAAUAAUUUUCAAACAGGGAGGAAAACCCUGUCUUUAAUAAAGGUGAUUGUGACUUCUCAAGUGAGGCUUUACCUUGCAUGUAAAGUGCAGAUAUGAAAAAUAAUUUUGGUCAGUAUCACCCAGCUCUUCCCUAUAGCAACAUGUAAUAAAUGUUCAUAAUGCGCUAGCAAUGCAUUUAAUGAUCUGAUCAUAUCAAACAGUAAUAAAUGCACAUGUGUUUUUUAUUAUUAUGAAUAGUUAUGGAUAAUGAGUUUGUGUUUAGUAUUGAUGAAGACUCAAAUCUGCACUGAUUGGGGAUCAGUUUUUGUCAUCGUUUGUUUUCAGAACAAACUCAUUCAGAUUGGAUAAGCUUUAAAAACAAAUCAAUGCAAUUUGUGUUGUUUGUAUUGUAUGAGAGAAAAUUAUGCACUGAUUUUACUUACCAAAUAAACCGAAUCUAAAAAUAAACCGAAUUUAAAUG